CUACAAUAAGUAGGUAGGGCAGUUUCGUCAGAGUAGGGCAGUGUCAGCUAUCACCCACUACUAUAUUCCUGCCUCUAUAAAACUUGGAAUUUGCAUUUCAUUUGGCUUCAUCAAAUGUUCAAGAUAGUUUACUGAAAGGUUUAAUAAUCUAGCAGCAUCUAAUGGCUUCAUCAGUCAGAUUCAUUUGGAAGAUCGAUAACUUUUCUCAGUUGUACUUGACCAACAAAGAGUACCAAUGCUCGGAUGUUUUCAGUGCUGCCGGUGCUAAAUGGAAGGUAAAGAUUUAUCCCAUGGGAAGUGGGGAGGUGUUUGAUCACUUAUCAGUGUAUCUUUACCGUGAGGACUCGGCCAAUUCUCCGGUGAAUGUCAAGUACAGGCUUGCAAUUACUAGCCAAACUAAUCCCGCAAACACGAAGACAGUUGCGGGUGAAAAACCAUUUGUUUCAUCUACUGUCGCAUGGGGUUAUUUGAAAUUUUUGCCUCUUAGUCAACUGCACGACUCAAGCAAGGGAUAUCUCGUGAAUGAUACUUGCGAGAUCGUAAUCGAGAUUACUCGUCAGAUCGUUGCAGAUGUCAAGAAGUGUGUCAAACAAGAAGGAAAGCAACCUGUUAAAAGAGAAGAAAAGCACUUAUUGCAGGCCAAACCCGUUGUCAAGCAGUCCAAUUCCGGGGAUUCAGCCAUCACUUGCAUAUGUUUUUCAUGUGUGACUACUCAUAAAAUUGCUGGAGUUUCCAAGAAGCCUGCUAAACUAGAAGGAAAGCAGUCUGUUAAAGAAGAUAGAAAGCAGUCAUCGCGAGCCAAAUCCGUUGUCAAGUCCAAUUCGAGGUAUUCCACCACCUCUUGCACAUGGUUUUCGUGUGUGACUCGCCACUAGAGCAUAUAUACUUGGUAAGUCGAAGAAUGUUGGAUUUGGUUCUCUGAUUUAGACUAGUUGCUCUAAAUUGGUGUUUACAGUUUACUAGCUGCUGUUUUAUGUAAUUGAUCUUCAAACCUUCUUCUGUUCUCAAAUCCUAAUAUUAAUACAAGUGGUUGGAUAUGUUCAAGUA